AUGGUUUGCACAAAGUGCCAGAAGCUUGGCAAGGGCUCAACGACGCUCGCAACGCCCUCCGUCAAGAAGAAGUCCGAGAUCUACCACGGCUCCUCGUCUUCUUCGUCAUCCUCCUCCAAACCCACGCUGGGCUCCACAAGCAUCGGCAAGAGCAAGCUCCUCUCCAAGGCCGCCAAGAAUCCCUACGCACAGUACUCGAGCGCUUGCUCAAAGUGCAAGACAAAGGUCUCCCAGGGCCACGCCCUCUGCCAGUCGUGCGCCUACAGGGCCGACUCGUGCGCCUCGUGCGGGAAGCCCAACAAGAAGGCAAAGGGCGCCGCGCCCUCCGUUGCCGGGCAAAAGUUUACGCUGAAGUGA